AGAAAAAAAUCAAGUUUUUUUUAUUUUUAUGAUUCUUCCUUUUUUCUCAAAAAUUUAAUAAUUUAAAAAAAAGUCCUUUUUUAUAAAUAAAUAAAAAAAAAAAAAAUUCCUUUUUUGUAAUUAUUUACGUAUAAUGUCCGACCAAAUGAAUCAAGAAAGUAUUCAACAGUCAUUUCCUUCUAUUUCAAUUCCUGGUUCUAUUAAUAAUAAUGGAAAAGAAGAAAAUAUCACUUCUUCCAUAAAUUCCCUUCUUAAUAAUAAUCAUGAAUCUAUACCUUUAACAGCCACGAAUAAUCCUUCAAUUGGUGAUGAAACUACACCAGUAACCAAAAAACGUUCUCGAAGAACUGGUCGUCCUAUACGUAAUAAAAUUGUUAAAGAAUCAUCAAAUAAAAAUGAACCUUAUACAAUUCCUUAUUCAACGAGAUCUCAAACUCAACAACUUCGUCAACAAGCUUCUACCGUGACAGAAACUUCAAGCUCUUCAACCAUUGUAAGUAUUAAUGAAACAGAAGAAAGUACUAAUGAUAUUAAUAUGGUAAAUUCGCAAGUUCCUACAACAGAAAGAAAGAAACAUUGUUCCAAAUGUAAAGAAUCAGCAAAUAUUGCGAAAAUUAUCAAUUCUAAAAUGGAUAGAAUUGAAGAAUUGGUUAGAAAUCUAAAAAAAGUUACUGAUGAAAUCAGUCAGAAUAGUCAUCCUUCAUCAUUAGCCACUAGAAAUAAAACUUUUAAUUCAUUAGAUUUCUCGAGAAUGACUAUAAGUGAUUUACAAAAUUUGGUAAUGGUUGUAACUAAUACGAUCAUGACCACGGCAUCUACAGAAUCUUCUAAUUUAAAUAUCAUUAAAUCGGAAUUUGAUGAAGGAUCUCAAUUCUUGAAACUUGAGACUCAACAAUAGAUCAUUAUCUGAGGUU